AUGAGUGCGGAUUGCGCGGAAUAUUACAACGCGGAUAACGUGUUUGUCAGCGGCUUCACGUGCCCCAAGCCAGACAGCGACGCGCGAGCGAUCUUCUGCUGCGGGUUCAAUGACGUCAAAUACUGCUGCGACGAUCCCAACAGCUUUUUCCCAUAUGAGUAUGGAUAUAUGUGGUGGCUCAGUUUGGGAGCUCUGGUUGGUUUGUCUAUAGCUGCAGUGGUGCUGUUAGCCUUCAUCAUCACUAUUUGUGUGCUUUGCUACCUGUUCAUUGCCACUAAACCUCGAGGACUGGACAACGGACUGCCUUUACGAGCACCAGGAUCUGCGCCCAGUCCUCAGGAGGGUCCGAGUCAGCCGAGUGCCCCGUCAGGACCGCAGGGUUUCCGCAAGCAUUUCCUCCGGGGCAAACUGGACUGUGACAACCAGCCGCCCGACCCGGACCGGCUGUUCCAGCGCUGCUUCAUGGCUACGGUCACCACCAUCAACGUCGAAGGACCGUCAUAAAGCCCUGGAGCUGCAAAUACGACAAGAACAACUUUACCCAGGAGUAUUUGAUGUAACAGGAGUCUGAUGUAAUAUUUGGAACCUCAGAAAGGAUGUGGAAUUGAAAUCUCCACUGUUUUGGCCUAAACAGAC